ACAAGCUCUCAUAUGCUCAUAAGAGGACAAGGACAUCCCAAAAAACGCUGCAGAACAGCAGCCCCGCUAAGUUUUGAGCACUAUUUCAUUUUCUGGAGUACUUGAAAGCCUUCAUUUUCCAAAUCCACCAUGAAAGCCACCAUAUUCUUCCUUCUCUUGACCAUUUUAGCUCAUUCGAGAAGCCAGUACCACUAUCAGGGCCUGAUGAACUACUUGGAAAACAGGAUGCUGGCGAUGGAGGAACGCAUCGCACUCUGGCAUGAGCAGAACAACCGCUACAACUCUGACCUGAAGGAGUUCAGACAGCAGGCCGCAGAUCUGUUGGAGAAACUUAGCAAAGACCACAGCAAACUGCGGUCCGACUUGGAGGGUGCAGGUGCAAGAGUGGAUCGAGUGGAACGUGAGAUGGACUACAUCGAAACCAAGAAUCCCCCAAAGCCUUGUGUGAAAGCAGCGGACAAAAUGGUGGAGCAGGAUGCUGUCAUCAAAGAGAAGAAGAAGGAAGAGUUCUUUGAGCUGUCAGUGUGUGUGAACAUCAUAUCCAGUCUCAAAGCAAUGAAGAUCCUUAAGAGGUUAGGAAGCCCUAAAGGUCUUUGGACCAAAGAUGCCAGGUCUGCAAAAAUCUACGUCUUCAAUGGAACGUCUGACAACACGCUGUAUGAGUUCAGCUCCAUGCGAGAGCUUUCUUCAUCGUCAGGCGUAUCCAAAGGCAAGCAGAUCACUGUCCCCACUGCCUGGAACGGCACAGGUCAUGCAGUCUACGAUGGCUUCCUAUAUUAUAUCAGUGAAAGCUCAGAGCUCCAAGUGGUUAAAUAUGACCUGACGAACAGUUCGGUUGCAGACACAGCGGUUCUUCCAAUGGAGGAGCGUAGCCCAGUUUAUCAGCUUAAUCCAGAGACUCUUGUGGAUCUGGUGGCGGAUGAGGAUGGGUUAUGGGCACUGUAUCCAGCCGGAGACACGAUUAAUCUCGCCAAGAUGGACUCAAACUCUCUGGAUAUUGAGCAGAUGUGGGACACGGCUUGUCCGAGGAGCAAUGCUGAAGCUGCUUUUAUAGUCUGCGGCACAGUUUAUGUGGUAUAUAACACCAAGCCUCCGAGCCGCUCGCGUGUGCAGUGCGUGUUUGAUGUGAAUGAUAUGGUGAGCAACGGAGAGGCUCCUCUGAUUUAUUUCCCCAGGCGUUAUGGGGCCCAUUCCAGCCUCAAAUACAACCCUGAGGAACGUCAGCUCUACGCUUGGGAUGAUGGGUAUCAGAUUCUCUAUAAACUAGAACUCAAGAAGAAGCUAUGGGCGGUUAUGCCACCGCCUGAGGAAUAGUGGUGGUUUUUAGCUCUUUAAGGGGCUGCUUACUCAAAAUGGAAAAUUCUGUCAUGAUAUAUUCACUCUCGAAUUAAAUUAAUUGAUAAAUGACUAACAUAACAGAAAAUAUUUAGAAGAAUGUGAAUUACCAAACAGAUGUUCUUUAUUGACUUUCUCACAAUAAAAAAAAAAAAA